AUGAUCGUCGGCUACAAGCGGUUCACGGCCGAAGAACCGUUCUUCGCCGGCCACUUCCCGUCGUACCCGGUCGUGCCCGGCGUGCUACUCGUCGAGUGCCUGGCCCAGUGCGGCGGCGCGGGAAUCGCCGCGCAGAGCGACGGCGCCGGGUCGAUCCUGUUCCUGGCGACGGUGGAGAAGGCCAAGUUUCGGCGCCAGAUACGCCCCGGUGAUGAGGUCCGGCUCGAGGUCACCACCACGCGCAGCUCGCCCGCCAUGAUCCGCCAGAGCGGCAAGGCGUAUGUCGGCGACGAGCUGGCUGCGGAAGCGACGUGGCUCUGCCUGCGCGGCUCCGCGGAUAGCGGGGCGUAG